ACGUGUGGUCAGGGAUCAAAAUAUUCAUUCGAAUAUGUAUCUAAUCUAUGAUAUGUAUUGCCUAGACAAAAUUGUCUAGGAUGUAUUGUUUGAAUAUUUAUUUGGAUUCAGAUUAAUACUCGUAUCAAGCUAUAUUUUGUGUACGUAUAACUAAUGACAAAAUCCAGUUGAUUGGCUUUUCUUGCAAAAGUUGCAUACAAACUUUUUACUAAAAACACUGUCAAGCUUGGAUAGUAUGUUAGAUGUUAAUGGAACUAUUCAGUGUUUAUUAAAUAUUGGUAGUAGAGUUUUCAUACGCAAUGGAGCAAAUAGAUGUUAAAAAAGAACCUAAAGAACUGAUCAACAAUUUCAAAGCUGAUAUUUCGACGAAUUGUGAUAAACCAAGUACCUAUGCUGAUCAAGAAAUGCCUUCAACCUUCAAACUAGCAAUAAAACAAGAAAUCAAAGAAGAAUUUGAUGAUAAUGACAAUUCCAUCGUCUACAAUAAACUGGGUGUGAAGAAAGAAUUAAAAAUGUCCACAGAUGAAGAAGACAAUCUUAAUGAACCUAAGCAAGCCAAAGACAAAAUGUUUCUUGACAAAGGAUACAUCGUGACUUUGCCACAAAGAUAUUUAAACAUACCUGCCCAAUAUUUUGGAUCUAAAAUCACCAAUAGUGAUGAAGAAAGUAACCAUUCUGAUGAUGGAGAUGAAAGUGAAGAUUUACCGUGCAAUGUCAAGGAAGAAGGAAGGGACUUUUGUGAAGGUGAUAAAAAUUCCUCGCACAAUGAAGAAAAAGAUGAGGAUGAAGAGAACAUUGAGGGGGUUGAAUAUGGUGAUGUGAGUGGAAAAGAGAUGUUCUUUAAAUGUGAUAUUUGUCCAAAGAAAUACCAAAAAAAGAAGGAUUUAUUUGAACAUAAAAAGUAUCUUCACAGAACAGGUGAACUGGAUAAAUUGAAAUGCCACAAAUGUGAUUUUGAAACUUUGUAUAAAAGUAGUUUUAAAAGUCAUUUAAACAUUCACGACAAAAAAACCUAUUUAAAAUGUCAUUUUUGUCACUACACAACUGCUAAAUUACAUACUUUAAAUGCACACAUGUUAAGUAAACAUAAUAGUGAGGAAAAUAUAAUAAAAAUAACAAGUAAAAUACAUUCAUGCACUAAAUGUACAUAUUCAACUGUCAAGAAGUCAAGUUAUGAUUCCCAUAUAAAAGUGUGUUUGAAAUUACAAAAUGUCAAGUGGUAUGAAUGUCACUUUUGCCUUUAUAGAACUAUUAAUAAAAGUCAUUUAAAUAGACAUGUUAAAACUCAUAACGAAGUGAAAGAUUUAAACUGUUUGUUUUGUCAAUAUAAAAGUAAUAUAAAACAACAUUUAGACAAUCAUCUUUUAACUAAUCAUUCACAUUUGUUGAACGAAUCCAAUCAAAAUUUGAUCACCUCUAAAUUAUAUGUAUGCAAACAUUGUAAUUAUAAAACUAUAACAAAAUAUCAUUUGAAACGGCAUGUAAAGAAUAAUCAUUGAUAUUAAUUUUAAGUAAAAUUGUUAAUAAAUUAUUACCAUUUUUAA